UCUCUCCAUACUCCAUAGAAAACGUUUGUUGUUAAGAGGCGUCAAAAGGAAGGUUUUGAGUCUCGUUUACGCCAAAUAGGUCGUCGUCGUCCUAUUCCAUUCUCCACCCCUCCAACGCCAUUACUAUAAAGAAUCAACCCUUUUCCUUAUAAACCCAACCUCUCCUUUCUUUCUCUCACUCUCUGUCUCUUCCCUUUUCCCCAUCUUCUUGUUCUUAUCAUUUAUAAUUCUUCUCUCUGUGUGUCUCUCUGCUUUUGUGUUUCUCUGAAUCUGAUUAUGUUAAGAUUGUAAGAAAUCAACUGACUCCACCGCCCAAACUGAGCUGAGUUGAGAGGUCCAGUUCUCUAGGGUGGGUGAGUGAGUCUGCAAUCUUUAAUAUAGAGAGUAUUUGGUUUUAUCUAUCAACAUGGAGAAACGUAAUUUUGUUAAGAACGGAGUAGUUAAACUACCUCCAGGUUUCAGAUUCCAUCCAACUGACGAAGAGCUCGUGGUUCAGUAUUUGAAGCGCAAGGUGUUUUCUUUCCCAUUGCCCGCUUCAAUCAUCCCUGAGGUCGAUAUCUGCAAGCACGAUCCAUGGGAUUUGCCAGGUGAUUUAGAGCAAGAGAGGUACUUUUUCAGCACCAAAGAAGCCAAGUAUCCCAAUGGGAACAGAUGCAACAGAGCAACAGGUUCUGGUUACUGGAAGGCUACUGGAAUGGACAGGAAAAUCAUAGCUUCAAAAACCAACCAAGUAGUGGGGAUGAAGAAAACUCUGGUUUUCUACAGAGGAAAGCCACCUCAUGGGUCUAGAACCGAUUGGAUCAUGCAUGAAUACAGACUUACUUCUACCAUGACCGCAUCUCCCGUUUUCGCACAAAAGAAUAACCCAACCCAAAAUUCUACUGUGCAAGUGGAAAAUUGGGUUCUCUGCCGCAUAUUUUUGAAGAAAAGGAGUACUAAAAAUGAAGAAGAGAACUUCUCCAAACCCUGGAAGGAGAACAGAGUUGAGAAUCUCGGGAUGGGUCGGCCUAGUUUCAUUGAUUUCAUGAGAGUCACAGACAAGAAUGAACCAGUUCCUCCUCCUCCAUCUUCUUCCUCAUGUUCCGAUUCGAGUGGCAUCACAGAAGUCUGUUCCAGUGGAUCUGAUCAUGAAGAAAGCAACAGCUGUUGCAACAGUUUUUCUUCAUCUUAUUGUAGAAGAGAUUCAUGAAAGCUCUUUUUGGUUGGUCCUGUACCAGAAAUUGAGGUUUUAUUUUCCACCUCGCAAUGAAAAUAACAAUCAAAGUAAAUCAUCUCAAAAUUUUACUUCCAUCAA